GAGAUCAAAAACUGAGACACCAAACUGCCUUCCAUGCCACUUUGUCAACAAAGAUUUCUCUCGCGCGUUUUCUUUUUCUAUUCUAACUCUCUCUUUUGGUUCGUUCUUUUUAUCUCUCCCCUGUUUGCUAACCAAGGAAACGAAAAACAAAAAUGCAAGAAAAUACUACUAAAGACCCUGCUAUCAGACUCUUCGGCAAGAAAAUACCUCUCACCGCCGACCUUGACCCUCCGGUGAUCCCCGGUCAGGAGUUGCCUUCCUUGGAGAGGGUAGCAGUAGAAGAAGACGAAGAAGAAAUGAAAGCAGAGAAGGAACUUUCAGCAGGAAAAGUCACUGAUACACAAGAAGAAGAUGAUGAGGACGAUACUCCAAUUCAGGAUACAGAAGAAUCUGCAGAGCCAGAAAAAUUAGGGGAGACUGAUGUCAACCCAAAAACACCAUCCAUCAAUGAAGAAUCUGCAAAGUCGAAGAAUUCCAAAUCAGAGAAACAGCAGAAUGAUGGAACAAAUACACAAGAGAAAACUCUCAAGAAGCCAGACAAAAUUCUUCCUUGUCCCCGAUGCAAUAGCAUGGAUACUAAAUUUUGUUAUUAUAAUAAUUACAAUAUCAAUCAACCACGCCAUUUCUGCAAAGCCUGUCAAAGAUACUGGACUGCUGGUGGUACUAUGAGGAACGUUCCUGUGGGAGCUGGACGUCGUAAGAAUAAGAACUCUGCUUCUCAUUAUCGUCAUAUAACCAUUUCUGAGGCGCUUCAAGCUGCUCGAAUUGAGGCUCCUAAUGGAACCUGCAACAAUCCUGCAUUAAGGCCUAAUGGCAGAGUCCUUAGCUUUGGUUUGGAUACACCAAUAUGUGAUUCGAUGGCUUCUGUACUGAGUCUUGCUGAUAAGAAGGUUUUGAAUAGCAGUCGAAAUGGUUUUCAUCAUUUUGAAGACAAGAUGACUCGUGUUCCAUGCAAAGGUAGAGAAAAUGGUGGCGAUGAUUGUUCAGGUGGAUCAUCUGUUACGGUUUCGAAUUCGAUGGAGGAAGGACGCCGUACUGGUGCACAAGAACCUUUCAUGCCAAGCAUCAAUGGCUUUGCUUCUCCAAUUACAUGUCUUUCUGGUGUUCCUUGGGCUUAUCCAUGGAAUUCUGCAUUGCCUCCUCCUCCAGCUUUUUGUCCUCCGCCACCAGGAUUUCCCAUGUCAUUUUAUCCUCCCAUUUGGAACUGUGGUGUCGCAGGGGGUUGGAACAUCCCUCUCUUGUCACCCCAAUCUUCUUCUUCAUCAUCAAAUCAAAAGGCUUCAUCCAGUCCUAAUUCUCCUACACUAGGAAAGCAUUCAAGAGACGGGGACGCGCUAAAGCCAGAUGAUUUGGGGAAAGAAGAGCCAGGGAAGCGUAAAAAUGGACGUGUAUUAGUUCCCAAGACACUAAGAAUUGAUGAUCCAAACGAAGCAGCCAAAAGUUCUAUAUGGGCUACACUAGGAAUCAAGAAUGAAUCUUUUAAUGGAGGAGGGUUAUUGAAGGCAUUGCAACCAAAGAGUGAUGAAAAGAAUCAUAUUCCUCAAACUUCUUCUUCUUCUGUAUUAAGAGCGAACCCUGCUGCCUUGUCUCGAUCCAUCAACUUUCAUGAGAGCACUUGAUUUGCUGACAUGUAGACCAUAAGAGCAAGGUCAAGUUCGACUUUCCCGUUAUAGGAUUGCAGCACUCACCAUGAUCCUGAAUGGAUCAUUUUAAUCAUUAGCCUCGUGGGAAACAAAACAAGAUAAUUGACCAAGACAAAGGAGAUGAUGGCAUAGAUUUCGGGUCUUUGGAGGAUCUUUUUUUACUUGUUUUGCUGAGUUUCAGUUCAUGUAAAUAUCUCUCUAUAUAUGUGAUAUACUACUGAGCUAGGAUUGGAGAAAAAUCCUUAGAAGAAUGUAGCAGAAAAAUCUGUACACGUACUGUAAUGUAGUUCUUCAAUACAGUAGCUAGAAAAUGGAGUCUAUUUUCUCUACUUCUCUUGCUGCUGCUUUCCGUAUAAUAAACCGGCAAUUCUUUCA